AAACGUAUCCAUUUUAUUCUAGCGUUCUCUCCUAUUUCACCAGGCUCACCCAUAGCGUAAAAGUAAGGAUUCGUCUCACAGUCUGAACAGUCUAAAAACACAACGCGAGGGGCGGUAGCGAGCCAACAGAGUCCUUUUCCAAAGGUGUCAUCAUUUUUAUUGGGAAAAAAAGUUCUGGUUGGUUGGGCAAACCGUUUCUCGAGGACUCCGCAAAUGUCUUAGUCAAGUCAUGUUUUACGAGAACUCCGCAUGGAAGAAACACAAAAGUUGUGGGACUUCAUCUCUCCUCCCUAUGACUCCCAAAAAACCUCAGCAGUGGCUGCAAGUGGUCGGACAUGCAGGGAGCUUUCAUGUUGGGGACUAUGGCACACUGCUGAAGAAGUUUUGUGAGGGGGAGCAACAAUGCUACCUUAGGCUGAUGGAGGAUGUUUUGAGGCCCUUUGUUCCAGUCUACCACGGUGUGGUGCAGCGGGACGAGCAGGAUUACAACAUGAUGGAUAACUUGCUGACCCAUUUCAACUCACCUGCCAUCAUGGACUGCAAGAUGGGCAGCCGCACAUACCUGGAGGGGGAGCUGCAGGUGGCCAGAGAACGGCCGCAGCCUCGUAACGACAUGUAUGAGAAGAUGGUGGCUGUGGACCCAGAUGCCCCAACGGUCCAGGAGCGAGCCCUGCAGGCAGUGCUGAAAACCAGGUACAUGCAGUGGAGGGAGACGCUGAGCUCCACAACAUCUCUGGGUUUCCGUAUCGAAGGAUUCAGUAAGUCAAAUGAAGAAUGUCACACAAACUUUAAAAGGACCAAAAGCAGAGAGCAAGUGAUGGAAGCACUCAACAACUUUGUUGAGUCCAAUACACACAUUGUGUGGGGCUAUCUGAGACGGUUGAGACAACUGCGGCAGGUCUUGGAGGCGUCAGAUUUCUUCAGAACACAUGAGGUCGUGGGCAGUUCCUUACUGUUUCUACACGACUGGACAGGCAAAACAGGGGUCUGGAUGAUUGACUUUGGAAAGACAGUGGCGUUGCCGGCACACCUUACCUUGGACCACCGCACUCCCUGGGUAGAGGGCAAUCGAGAAGAUGGCUACCUGUGGGGUCUGGACAACCUCAUUGAUAUACUGGCCAACAUGCUGCCACUGACCUGAAUACCUCCUCUAAACUUGUGGAAAUGUACUCUUAAUCUUUCCUUUCCACCACUCAUAAGUGAGUGACUGCAGAUGCAAUGGCUUCUGAAAUGUUUGUGGGAAAUAGAAAAUGCAGAAUAAUGGUG